CCAUCCGUUCGGUUGUCAGUAAAUGUUGUAGUUGUUGUUUUUUGUAUACACAUUUUCGACUCACUCUUGACUGAUAAAUAUGUGUACGACUAUAUUAUAUAUAUAUUAAAGUUUUUCGAGAAAACAAUUAUUAUAUUUUACCCUCUGACGGUCGGUGUGCGGUUAUCGGCAGUGGUUAACUUCUCAAUUCUCCAUUCGUUCGAAAUGGGCAGCGGUCUGUGCAGAAAGACAGGCGAAAGACCGGGGGCUGUACAGGAGUUUGACGGAUUAUAUCGGAAGAUUGUUUUCAAUUACGCCAAAAAGUGGACGCAAUACUCAGACAAACAUAAGAAGAGUGAAAAAAAAAAUACAAAACAAAAUAAGAGCAGGAGGAAGAAACCGAUUAUCAGCGGACCGUUUCCGGCAGAUCCGGACCGGCUGCACGGCGACAAAUGGCAGUAUGUGAUACUGACACGGUUGGACACAGAACCGCCGCCCGAACGACCGCCGCGGACCAAACGACGCCACCGGCAAGAUAAUAUGGCGAGCAGUGGCGUCUGCAGUGGCAUCGUCCGUUGGGGAUCGGAGCGGCGGCAGUCGUUCGGUCGCAGACGACAACCAAAGCAGCAGUUGUCCGCCGACGAGCCAACGGAAUCUAUGUUGUUCCGACGAGUCGUUGGCGAUGGCGGCGAAACGGCCAAAAGUACGGUGGCGGUAGUAACGGCUGCUGUGAACAAAAAAGCAUCGCCGGCUUUCGACGUGUCCGUCGAUAAGUUAUCGCUGUGGGUCGUUUUGUGGUCGGGCGCCGUCGUCGCCGGUCGAACGUACGCUGCCCGACGAAACGGUUUGCUGAAAUCUAUUGCCCGAACUAAUGCGAUGGCCGACGAUUUGUUGUCGUAACGUUAAUAUAAUAUUGUCAGAAAUUAUGGUAUAACGUAUAACCGACUGUUUUAAAAUAAUAUUUUUGUACUAAUAAUACUAUUAAUAUUUCGUGACCACCCAAACGCGUCAUGUAUAAAUACAAUAAUAGGUAUAAAUAA